AUGGCGUACUUCAGUCCCCAAUUCUCUUCCUCUCCCGUCCUUACCAUGUCUCCUCAACCUGCCCACCAGUCCCUGGGCAUGGCAAGCUUUGGACACCAUCACCACACUCCACCUCGAUUUGCCCCAAUGCCCAGCCAAUUUGCGGCAUAUCAGCCAGUCCGAUCUGCUGGAUCCGGCAAGAAGCGUUCCCGGGAAGAGGCUUCCGAAAACCUUGAGCCUGAUGUCAAGUCCCUGCCAGUCGAAGAGCCUGAGGAGGAAUGGGUCUACGGCCCCGGCAUGACCCUCAUCAAGCCUAGCUCCCGCUACGUCACAGACGCGGGCACUCAGUCUGGUACCUGGGUCGAGGAGAAGAAGGCUGCCCAAGAUGCUGCCUCCCCCAGCAAGACCGACCUCAAGACUCCAUCCAAUGAGGGACCCACCAUCGACAACUUCACACUACACCUUGGCAUCGGCUGGCGCAGGAUCAGCGAAGACGAGCACAUCCAAGCAGCUGCUCGUGGCUGGGCGCGUUUCAUUGAGAACCACUUCCCCAUCUCCAACGCUCGCAUUCUCCUUGAGAGCAACGGCCUCCAGUCCUAUCUCGUGGAGGCCAAUGAAGGCUUCUUCCUCUUUGCCGAAAACCUCCGCCAGGGUCAACUCGUCAGCCAAACUGCUGAGGGCGCCCUCCAAAAUCUUCAGUGCUCGCCACCUCGAUUCGACGGGAUGGAGACUCUUUCAGCAGCUGAAUCUCCUCGGCCAGUCAGCGCCAGCCCUGAGCCUGACAUGGACAUGAAAAUGGACUAG